AAUGAUGCCGGGAUUUUUUACCAACGUGUUCAAGGGCAAGAAUUUGCUUUUUCUGACGGAACAAAGAUUUAUUUUCUACCUUCCAAAAUGACCGGGAGCAAUGAAUAUACGGUAUACAAAAUUGAGGAUGAAGCUUCAACUUCACAUCAAAAUAACUAUGUUACCACUCUUAUUACCCUUAAUGUUGGUGGAAUACUCUACACUACUACAAAAAGAACACUUUUAAAAAAAAUCGAAAUUCUUUUCGAAGCCUUUUAA